GACAGGUCCCCACAUGGGCCACCUGUCUGUCUGCUGUGGUUUCACAUGGCCUAGGUGCUGGGGACGGUGAAAGGGAAGCUUUCUAAGGUUUCUGUGGUGAGGCCACACUGAAAGCUGAGCCGGAUCACGUGAGGCUGGUAGUUCUGCUGUCCUGGUGUCUGUCCCAGUGGGCCAGGGUUUGGGGAUGCUGUGUACAGACCCGUCCCCGCCUCUGGCCUCGGCAACUUCUCCGGGGGGUGUGCACUGACCUGGUGGCACAUGGGAUGGUGGCGAGUGGGCUGUGCAAGGGACAGUCCUUGUGGACAUUGGUCUGGGUCUCUGGUCUCAGCCCUGUGGCACUCACCCUGGGGAAUUUCGAGAUGCCGCUCCCCCCCUCUUUGCCCCAUAGUUUUUGAGAAGCAACUCUGUGCCAGACUGCGUGAUCCUGAAUGGCUCUGGCGCUGCAGGGCUGCUCUCUCUCCAAGUAGUCAGGUGCAGGGGGCGGACCCAUGGGUGGGGUAACCAGGAUUGAGGGAGUGUGCCGGGGUACCAUGGAGGUGGCUAGGAGGCAGGGCUCCCCGAAGAAGCAGCUUUUGAGCCGGGCUUUGUACCAGAUGAGGCAAAAUUCCCAGCGGGGAGGAUAAGCAGUGGAACUGUGCUGGCAGGAAUGCUGAAAAGGUUCCGUGCAGCUGGGUGUGGGUUCCGGGAUGACAGUUUGCAUGACCAACUGCCCAACGCUCAUUGUCAUGGUCGGCCUGCCCGCCCGGGGCAAGACCUACAUCUCUAAGAAGCUGACUCGCUACCUGAACUGGAUUGGUGUGCCCACCCGGGAAUUCAACGUUGGCCAGUAUCGCCGGGACAUGGUCAAGACGUACAAGUCUUUUGAGUUUUUCCUUCCAGACAACGAAGAGGGCCUGAAGAUCAGGAAGCAGUGUGCGCUGGCAGCCCUCCGUGAUGUCCGGCGGUUCCUCAGUGAGGAGGGAGGCCAUGUGGCGGUUUUUGAUGCAACGAAUACCACCCGAGAACGGAGAGCAACCAUCUUUAAUUUUGGGGAGCAGAAUGGCUACAAGACCUUUUUUGUGGAGUCCAUCUGCGUGGACCCCGAGGUCAUAGCUGCUAACAUCGUGCAUCCUCCUUGGUCUCUGGCCCUGCCUGGCCUCCAUCCCUCAUGUGUCCUUGCUCUGUGCCUGGUCCGACAGCAAGUGAAACUGGGCAGCCCUGACUACGUGAACCAUGACAGUGAUGAGGCCACGGAAGAUUUCAUGCGACGCAUUGAGUGCUAUGAGAACUCGUACGAGUCCCUGGACGAGGACCUGGACAGGGAUCUGUCCUAUAUCAAGAUCAUGGACGUGGGGCAGAGCUACGUGGUGAACCGCGUGGCGGACCACAUCCAGAGCCGCAUCGUGUACUACCUCAUGAACAUCCACGUGACCCCCCGCUCCAUCUACCUCUGCCGACACGGGGAAAGCGAGCUCAACCUCAAGGGCCGGAUCGGCGGGGACCCGGGCCUGUCCCCCCGGGGCAGGGAGUUUGCCAGAAGUCUGGCCCAGUUCAUCCGUGAUCAGAACAUAAAGGACCUGAAGGUCUGGACGAGCCAGAUGAAGAGGACCAUCCAGACAGCCGAGGCCCUGGGUGUGCCGUACGAGCAGUGGAAGGUCCUCAACGAGAUCGACGCGGGUGUCUGUGAGGAGAUGACCUAUGAAGAAAUUCAAGAUCAUUAUCCACUGGAAUUUGCCCUGCGGGACCAGGACAAGUACCGGUACCGGUACCCCAAGGGGGAGUCCUACGAGGACCUGGUCCAGCGCCUCGAGCCUGUCAUCAUGGAGCUGGAGAGGCAAGAGAAUGUGCUGGUCAUCUGUCACCAGGCCGUGAUGCGCUGUCUCCUGGCCUACUUCCUUGAUAAGGCAGCAGAGCAGCUGCCCUACCUCAAGUGUCCACUGCACACUGUCCUGAAGCUGACCCCUGUGGCUUACGGUUGUAAAGUGGAGUCCAUAUUCCUGAAUGUGAUGGCUGUGAACACGCACCGGGACAGGCCUCAGAAUGUAGACAUCUCGAGGCCCCCGGAGGAAGCCCUCGUCACGGUCCCUGCGCACCAGUGACCGUGUCUCCUCCACCGCCACCCCCAGGCAGAUACUGAGCUCUGCCGGUGCUGUCAUGACAGGCCCCCUGGCCCGUGUGACAGUUUCUCUGCUGGAACAUCCCAGAGGCCAUGCACUGGCCCCCCUGCUUCCUCAUCGAUGGUGACAGGGUUAGACGCCGUGCCCGAUGGGCUGCUGUAAAGUUUUGGCCAGACUGGAUCUGCCCCAGGGGUGCCCCUCCCAUCCUGCCCCACCGGGAACUGGAGAGCCGCCGAGGCCCGGCCCUCAUGUCGGAGCCGCUCGUGAGCGCCGUGUGCUCACUUCAGCAGAAGCCCACAGGGAGUGCGGCCCUUGUGGUCACCCCUUCUCGACCGUGCAUAUGCUGGAACAUUUGGGGGAUCUGGGGGCCCAAGCCACCCCUGCCCCAUGGCUGUCCCGGUGAAAGCACAUGAAGUCGGGGUGGUCGUGCAAACUCCCUUCCCUGUGCCGACCCAGGUGCUCGAGGAAGAGGCUGCCAUCCCGCCUCUCCGUCCCCUACUGUGUUCCCCUCACUACCUCUGCCCCGUCGCUGCUGUGUCCACACAGGAGUGGACCCUGGUGGCCGAGAAAUGCAUUUGCUGUGAACCAUUCAGAGAAACAAGCCUGUCCUGGCAUUCGCUGCCCUCCACCCGUGAGACCGAGCAGGGGACCGGCAAGAAGGUGGGGGCACCCUGCCCAGGGGAGGAUUUUCCCAGGAUGGCACAGCUUCGGCUUCCCGUGUGUGGGAGCCUGGCGUGAGAACCACCCCGGGGGGCUGCCAUCUGUCACACACCCCUGAGUUCCUUUGGGCCCAGGGAGGCAGGCUGGCCAGGGGGUCUGGGCUCCAUCUUGUCUCUGGGCAGGAGACCUGGCUGGCAAGUUGAGAAGCUGCGUGAGGAAGUGUCUGGGUCUGUAGUCCGAGGCCCUGCUGUCCACAACUGGGUCCUGGUCCGGGAUUCUGAGCCCACAUUGUACCUGGAAACUUCCCUGGCAGAACAGCCCAUCUUUCCCAGCCUCCUGGAGCUUUGUAGCCUGUAGGUACCACCUGCCCCUGAGGGGAACAUGUGCCCCCGCCCUGGCUGGCCGUCUCAGCCUUGUGCACUGCAGUGGCCGUGGACAGACCUGGUGGAGGGCUGGGGCAGGAGCUUCUGGACUUAUGCCUGCCAGAGCCCCUAGCCCUGAAGUCAGGACCAGAGGACCAUGCCACUGCCUUUGGGACAUGGGGACCACAGCCCUUGUUUCCAUGUCCCCCCGAGUUUCGAUGACUUGGUCACUUGGACAUGCUUGCUUAUUGGCCAUGGUGGGUCUCUUCGGUUGGCGCCAUGUACGUUGAGACGUCCCCACCUCUCCAGGACCGGCUGGCCGAGUCACGACCAGCAAGGCACAACCAGCGAGGGCAGUCAGGAGCUGCUGGACCAGAGUGUUACGAGGACUGGGAUUGGGCAGGGGGAAGUCGGGGGCAUGGUAUCGCUUGGGGCAGAUCCUCUCCACCUCUGCCUGGAGUGCUCUCUGCAUGGGCAGCCACCCACUGCUUGGCUGCCAGCUUUUAGCCAUGACGGUUCUCAUGUCAAAACAUUUGUGUCGAAGACACAUGUGCUUGCGUCAAAGACAUUUUCCCAUUCUCCUUGGAAUGGGUGAUGGUGGAUCUCAGCUGCACAUCACACUGUGUCCAGCAUUCUUUGCAAUAAAUACUUAAA